AGCCCAAGCUCCAAGGUAAUCAGCCAAAGGAAUGGGGAGAGGUGUUGGAGAAACAACCGCCGGGGUAGAAUAACCCCGUGGGAUGGGGAAUGUUGGGGUGGGCUGGGAUGGAGAGGGGCAUGGGAUGGAGGUGGACACGGGGUGACCCUUGUGCCGAGCGGGGCGGCCAGAGGGCAGCGGCAGGGCUGGUGGGGGAAAACGGGAAGGAAAACUGCAGGAAUGCCUUUGAUUUCUGCUUUCUGCCAGCACAGCUCCCGGGUUGCUUUCCACGAAGCACCCAAACUGCUCAGCCUGUCCGGCUGCUCCUGGCGGAUCUCUGCUGGUUAACCAUUUCGUAGCCGUGUUCCCUGUUUUCUCUGUGCGGAAGCUCCGCUGCGUCUGCCACGGGACACGGUCAUGCUUAAAAGUCACAGCAUCUUUUGAGCCAGAGCUGCAUCACCACGGGGCUCGGGGAGAUGACGCAGACCCAGGGGAUGGGUUCUUCUGCCCAAAAGUACAAUGAGAGCGCAUUUCUGUUCCCUUUGGGAUUAACGGUCUCAUCUCUGCUUGACUUCAAGGUGUGGAGAAGCAGCGUGGGCUGCGGGAGAGACACGGCAUGGCUCACAGUCAGCUGCCCAAUGACUCCUGGCAGAACAGCUCAGCCCCUCUCUUCACUGGCCUGGACCUCCUCCUGGAGCUGAAACCCCUCUUCAUCCCACUCUACACCAUGCUGGUGGCGGUGGCAUGCACAGGGAACCUCUUCCUCAUCCUUCUCAUCGCUCUCACCAAGAAGUUGCACUGCACCACCAAUUUCUUGAUCGGGAACCUGGCGGCAGCCGACUUCAUCAUGUGCCUCGCCUGCGUCCCCCUCACGGUCUCCUACGCCUUCGAGGUGCGGGGCUGGCUCUUCGGGAUGUUCAUGUGCUACUUUGUCACCUUGAUGCAGGCGGCCACCGUCUUUGUCUCGGUGCUGUCCCUCACUGCCAUUGCCAUUGACCGCUACGUCGUGGUGGCGUACCCCAUCCGCAGGAGGAUAAGCUGCAGGUCCUGCAUCUGCCUCGUUGCCUGCAUCUGGUUGCUUUCCAUCAUGGCCUCUGUUCCCACGUCGCUGCACACCCACUAUUUGGAUCUCAACAGCAUUGGCCAUGACAUGAUCAUCUGCGAAGAGUUUUGGAAGCACGAAGAGAGAGAGCGGCUGCUGUACUCGUGCUUGAUGCUCCUCUUGUCCUACAUGCUCCCACUUUUGGCGGUAUCGGCCUCCUUCUGUGCCAUCACCUACCACCUGCGGAGGAGGAACGUCCCAGGUGUUGCCUAUCCCUGCCAGGAUAAAUGGACCAAGACAAAGCAGAAGACCUUCCGGGUGCUCACCAUCUCGGUGGUGUGCUUUGCUGUCUGCUGGCUGCCACUCCAGGUGGUGAACUUCAUCAGAGACAUCGACGAGGAUUUCAUCAUCCUGGACAAGCGGUAUAUCAAUGUUAUCCAGGUCUCAUGCCACCUGAUUGCCAUGAGUUCUGCCUGCUACAACCCCUUCAUCUACGCCUCCCUCCAUGACAAGUUCUGGUUCCACCUCAGCAGCUACUUCUACCGCAAGAAGAAGAGCUCCAGUGUAAUGUCCUGCAAGGCUUCUCGGUUCAAUACCUGCUCCACCCUGGCAGAUGCUCCUGCUGGGGUCUCAGAUAAGAUAGCUUUGCAAACCAGAUUAUCUUAACUGAAGGACUCCAAGCGAUCAGUUUUGCUUUUGGACCUGGUGUGCGCUUUCCUUUAGACUGGACGCAGGAGCUGGUGGCUGAUUGUGGUGGCAAGUUGCUGUUCCCAGAAGUCUCUUCUGCCUGCCAAGGAGAGUGAACACCAGGCAAAAAAUUGAUGUGUUUUGUGUCCCCGAGGGGCAACUCCAGGAUGUUUUGUUCCUUGGGGAGAACAAACUGCUACAGCCACUGAAGACAGAGCAACUCGGAGCAGGACGUCCCUGCUGGCCCACAUGCAGAAGCAGCGGUGGGUGUUUCCACCUGACCCAAUUGCAGAGAUUGCUGGGAACACGUGAGCAUCAAUGAAACAACCGUUUGGUGGCUCAUGGAAAUGGAACAAUGGAAGGGGAAUGCCUGAGCCACAUCCCUGCAAGGCUCGUGGAGCAAGAGCCGCGUGUCGGGCGGUGGGAAGACAGGCGCUGCCUGGGACGAGAAAGUUUCUCACUGGGCUUUUACAGCCCUUACCUCACAUCACAUCUGGGUGUGGAGUAUGUAGCCUAUAUCCCACCUCACAGCUGGGUAUGGAGUGGACACCCCAUAUCCCACCUCACAGCUGAUUAUGGGAUGUAGUCCCCGUAUCCCACCUCAUGGCUGGGUAUACCAGGCAGCCAGGGCUGUCUUUAAUGCACAAAGUCCUCUCCUGCAGUUCAUUUAGAAGGCGGGUCAGCCUCUAAACAAGACAAGCAAACACACAUCGGGUGUGUUUAAAGAACUCUUUGGAGAGCAUGCGUCUUCAUUUUGUAGGAUAAAGAUCGUUCCUAAGCAACAGAUAUCAUUUUCUGCCUCUGGAAGAACACUGGUUCUCAGGUAGCAGUUGAAUUGCUGCGUGUUUUUCAAUCGCGGUUCAUUGGUGAAAGGACAAUAAACACCCAGAAAUGUGCAUUCUUCAGUCAGAGACAGUGUGGGAGCACGCGGCAGACGGCUUGUUUUGAAUGGGGGCAACUUCUAUUACCUUCUUGACUUGCUGAAGAAGCCACCUCUGUAACAAUCUGUUCCCAGCUUCUCCAGCCCAUAGUGCGCAGCAAAAGAGAGCAGAUGCAGCUGGGCACAUCGGUGAAACCAUCGCAUUCUUCAUAGCCAAGCAGGACUCAAGAGGAUGGGGUGCCCAGUGAUGGGUUUGCCGGAGAAGAUGUCUCAAUCUUUGCUCUUAGGGUAGUUUAAGAUUGUAUACAUCCUUGGUCACGCUCCUUGGGUGGAGGUGGGAAUCCUGCUGUAACCCCGAAACUGCCGCAUAAAGGCUGGGUUUGCUUGUCGGAUGCUGCUUGGCAUCUCCUGCAUCUGUGGCCCAUCAGCCAGGUCCACACAAGCAGCACACUGAGAAGGCAACAUCUCCUUGCACCCAGAUGCCCAUCUCAAUUUUAACCUCUUGAUUUUCCCAGGAAGAAGCCUUUGGGGACAGCCCACAGGCACCAGAGUCACCAUAAGCACCAAAUCAUGACAGCUUCUGCCCCCCCCCCAGCCAUGCCUUUAAUCCAACAUCUGCUGCUGUGCUCCGUGGGGCUGAGCCACAUAUCUCCCACCACUCUUCAUGCCUGAGGACAGGACUUUAAAGCCCCAGAUGGCAUGUCCUCACCGCUGCUUGAAGGCUGUCCAGGGGGUUGGCCCUCACUCAUGCUCUCGGUGAGGAGCUUGGCAUCCUCUGGUGCAGCGACAGCCGGAUGGAUGCUAAGAGGACCCCUAAUCCUCUCUUGUUAUGCCCAGGCAUGAGCUGCUGCCCUUUGCCUUCCUGCUGAGACCUUCAGAACGGUCCUAGAAGGACCAUGUUAUCUCCUGUGGUGCAACCAGCAGAGAUGGGGGCCAUCAAAUGCAAUGCUACAUGGACGCUCGUGACCUCUGUUGUGUACAAAGCCGCUAACUUUUGUUUGCUUCUCGCAGCUUUCUCUCAGCCACACAGGGUUGUGCUCGGGCCAGAGGCUGGAUCGCUCAUCCUGGAGGAGCAAAGCACACCAGGAGGCGCGUGGCUUGUCCUUCCCUCUAAUAAAGGCUUCAAAAGCUCAGGCUGCGUGUUGGUAUUGAUUCGAAUCCAACCAAAAUAAGCGAUUCUUGACUGCAGCUUAACCACAUCCCAAGAAGCCUAUCGAUCCGGUCACGUUUGUCUCUGUCGCUGUCAGCGGUGGUGGCAGAUCCUUGGGGGACAGGCUGGAGAGAUGAGGCCGCUGGGGCUCCGGGAGAGCUUUGCCAUCA